CUUCUUAUUAUUAUUAAAUUAAUUUGAGUUUUUUGCAACUGACAAACCAACCAUGCUUGGCGAAAUUGCAAGGCGCAGAUUGCGUGAUUUGCAUCAACCAUGAGCAAAUUCCCCCCUGCGUUACUGUGAUACUGCGAUACUGCGAUACUGCGUUACUGCGAUACUGCGUUACUGCGGAGUAUUAAAUUCUUCUUCUUCUUCUUCUUCUCGCGUGGUGGCAGACUAGACUGGCAGCCCACUCACUGGUGACAGUGGUGAGAUUCGUCGCCCGGAUUGCGCCAGAAUAGCGAAUAUUAAUAGAGCCUGGUUGUGGGGUCUUGUCCGCAGCCUGUACGGUACAGUACGGGAUGUACUGGAUGCCCUGGAUGCGAUGAUGCGAUUUGGGGGCUGUCUAUCUAUCCUGUCCUGUCCUGUGCUGUCCUGUGCUGUGCUGUGCUGUGCUGUGCUUGACUGCAAAGGAAAGGAAAAGGUUAGGAAAAGGUUAGGAAAAGGGGGCAGGCAGGAAUGCAUCUUGCUGGUUGUUCUCAGUCAGUCCUCCGAUUUUCCCUAUCUAUCAGGAGUAAAAGGGCCCGGGCCUGGGGUUCGCUUUUUUCUCCUCUCUUUCUUUCUCUCCAACUUUCUCUCUUUCUCUCUCUUUCUCUCUCUUUUAUUAUUAUUACUAUUAUUAUUACUAUUAUUAUUAUCAUUAUUAUUGCUCAUCUUGAGCCGUCUUUGUUUUUGAUUUCUAAGACGCCAUUCUAGCCUGGGUUCCUACCCAUCGCACAUAUCCCUUUUUUGUCAGCAAUCCAUCCACCUUUUGUCUCCCUCCUCCUUGCAUGCUCACAUACAACCUUGCUACCUACCCCAUUCAUUCGAGUAUUUAAAUAUAUAUACUAUCAAUUCUUCGCCGCCUGGGUUGGUUGUUGAGAUGUGCUUCAAUUCCUUAGCUGUACAAGAAAAUCAAAGCCGUCCUUCUUACCCUGUCAAAAUGCCGUCCAAAAUCACUUCCAGCUACCCUUCUGAUACAGAAGCCGAGUCUGGAUAUGUCAGUGCCAGCACCAGUGAAGCCAGCCUACCAGAACUCGUCUUCACCAAACCACACUUGAAAUUCCUUAAUAAACAGCUUCAAUUCCUAGAACCCCAGGAUAUCCUCCGCUGGUGUAUCACAACGUUACCAGGCCUCUAUCAAACGACUGCAUUCGGCCUAACAGGGCUUGCCACAGUCGACAUGAUUUCCAAACUCAACAUCCCUCUCUCUCAAACGGUCGAUCUCAUCUUCCUUGAUACGCUUCAUCACUUCAAAGAGACACUGGCCCUUGUAGACCGUGUCCGCAAACACUACCCUUCAACAAACAUCCACAUCUACAAGCCACACGGUGCCUCCACUGCCGAGGAAUUCUCACAAAAAUACGGCCCCAAACUCUGGGAAUCGAACGACCAGCUCUACGAUUGGUUAGCCAAAGUCGAGCCAGCCCGGCGAGCCUACAACGAGCUGCAAGUCAACGCCGUGCUCACCGGCCGCAGACGCAGCCAGGGCGGCAAACGGGGUGACCUGGAUAUCAUCGAGGUCGAUGAGGCUGGUCUGAUCAAGAUCAACCCGCUGGCGAACUGGUCCUUUGCACAGGUCAAAGAAUACAUCACGGCAAGUAACGUGCCCUACAAUGAGCUGUUGGAUAGGGGCUAUAAGAGUGUAGGUGACUGGCACUCGACGGAGCCCGUGAAGGAUAAUGAGGAUGAGAGAUCCGGGCGGUGGAAGGGCCAGCAGAAGACUGAGUGUGGGAUUCACAACCCCCUCUCGAAGUAUGCUCAGUUCCUGCGCGAUCAGGAACUUAAGAGGCAGGGGGAGGCUAUUAGCCAGGCGCUUAAGGUGGAGAGAAAUUGAGAGCCCUGCUUCCAACCCUCUUGUUACAAUUUUGAUUUCUUUUUGAUUUUUUUUUCGAUUUUUUUUCGAUUUUUUUUUUUUUUUCACCUUUCUUUGUCUAGGCUUUUGCAUAUAACGAUACAGGAUAAUACGGCGCUAAUAGGGCGGGGAGGGUCUGUUUCGUUUUGUUUGGAAUGCUUUCGAUACUAUUCCUCUGCUUCUCUUUUCAUGAAAGGCAUACAUACAUACCCCUUGAUAUAUGCUUGUAUAUACAUAGCAAAAUAGAAUAUUAUACUUAAGAGAGGGCUUAUCAGUUGGAUAUAUGGCUUCGACGCGCAUGAAAGAGAAAUUUUACCCGUGCGACUUGAGGUCAAUCGCAUAUUACAACAGGAUUAGCACUCGGGGUUAGGCGGGUGAUGAAUGAGGAUAUAACCAACUCCCAUAUGAUAUAGACGUCGUCCUCCACAGCUUUAAUUAUGAUAGCAUAAUCAGGCCAACCCACUCGCACUCAUAUGCUCAAUGUAUUAACAUAUGUAAUCCCCAUCCCAUCCUAAUAACUAGUUCUCAUCUAAACUAGCCUACGCCUAUUUAAUACACAUAUCAUAUACCGUCCCAAUUGGUAGAUCCGGCAUAAAGUACCCCCCCCCUCAACCGCCCCGUCCAUAACAUCAACAUCAAACGGGUUCUGCGUAAUCACCCCACCCCCCCAACGAACCCUUCAUUGACAAUGACACUUCCGCCAAUAGCACCAUGCUCUUCAUCUCAACAAGGGUCAACCCGCCCACGCGGCCCAAAACACCAGCACAAAUCAUCAGCGCUGGAUAGAUACCCCGAUAAUCAAUGAAGAAACUCGGGGCUGCGAAUCUUCUCUGAUGGCUUUGCGAAAGCAGCAAAACCCGGCACACCACCAUUACCACCACUCCAACCAUAACCAUAACCAUAAACCAUAACCAUAACCAUCCAAAUCCCCAAACCGCAGCCUCAACGCGGCCCCCAAUUCAGCGCCAACAGCUUGUUCUCCCGCGCAACCCCUCCCCACAGCCCCCAUAAGCGAAAUGCGUCUCAGCCCGCAACGACCACGCAUCAACCCUAACAACCGCGCGCCGGGGAACCCGGCCCCGGACUGCGCAAAUCGUCAUCCCGAUGUGUCGGCCGUCAUAGUCGAUGCCGCCCGGGUGAUAUUCUUCGUCGUUUCCCCCGCCCAGUGUACCGUACCGGAGGGAGAGCUGCGCAUCAGCGAUGCGGGUGGUGCCCGGUCCCGUCGAAGAGGACGAGACCAUUUUGUGUGUUUGCGUUAAGAGAUGGGUGAAGAGGGUGGCUAUUUUGGUCCGCUUUUGUGGAAGGGGUUGGGUAGUGGUGGAUUUUCAGAGAGAAUGCAUGUGAGAAUGAUAUUGGGGAUAGGAAGAGGAGAAGGAAAGAUGCCCAGGCGGCCAGGGGGGGACAUAGCGAUCAUUGUGAGCAGGAAGAUUAUCAUAUCAGUCUCUGUGAGCUCGUCGUCUCUUUCUCCGCUCGGUGGUUAGCUCGUUCAGGAGUUAGGGGGAUUGUUCAAGAAUAAUAGGUAUUUUGAAGCUGCUCCAAGAUCAUCGGAGCGAAGGCCUAACUAAAGGUUGUGGCGAACCAUGCCUUGGUUCAUGCGUAACGGCUUAAAUAGCCCGCAAUGGGGCCGAAAAAUCUGGGGUUGAAAAUCUUUUUACCAAAAAAAGAAAAGAAAAGAAAAGAAACGAAAAAUAUCAUAACCGUCAUAUUGGUCCAUACUAGAUUAAAGCCUUCUUCUUCGGCUCUUAUAUAUAUAUGUGUGUAUGGUAUGUGCAACCCAAGCAAACUAUGUGUCUAAAAGAACAACCAUUAAGAAAAAGAUAUGACACAGGUGAAAAAAAAAGGACAUGAUCCAAAAUAACAAUCCUAAUCAUCACCCAAAAUUUCCCCGUCAAGAAUCAAUAAUCCACAAAGCCCCCAUCCUUCCCGUCCCUAUCCAACAUAUAUCUAAACCUCUCCUUCUCAGCCUUUCCUUUCAGAUAUGCGGGUACAUCCCGGUUCGCCUCGACCCUCUCAUAAACCUGACUAGGCCUAUUAAACAAAUCCUUCCCCGUCCUCACCACCUCGACAAUAUGCUCCUUGUUCGUAAACUCAGGACGAUUAUACUCCGUAUGCGAGAAACUCACAAUCUUAGUCUGCAUCUCCUUCACAGUCGCAAAGCACGAGCUACAAUGCCAUGACGCAUUGAAUAGGUCUGCCAUGGGGCCGAACAUAUUUUGCACGACCGACCUCCCGCGCCCCAUGCGCAGGUCGUCUGGCUUUAUCGUCUCUUCAUAGCCUUCAUAAUAUGUCGCUUGUGGGUGCGCCCAGUCCGGCCCCUUGUGCAGCCAUUGGAAACUGUAGUAGUAGAACCUGCUACGCAAGUUGAUACGGCGGGGGAAGCUGCAGGUGCGGAGCAAGGUAACAGUGGCUGGGCGGGGGAUCUCGUCGAUGUCGGAGAUGAUAAUGACGUCGUCGAGCUGCGGUGCGGCCGCGGGUUUGGCGGCAACGGGAUUCUUCGCGCUAGGUUGGCCGAGGGUUGGGAAAACCUGGGUGAAGCCGGAGUCUCGUUGGAAUUUCUCGCGGUCGAAAGCCUUGCGUACGUUUUCGCCGUCUCCUUCCACGAGAUGGUGGAUUAUUUUAUCGUGGAAGCGAGAGAAUUUGGCCCAGAUAUUUGUGUCAGUGAGGAGGGUGGGCUUUGGGCGGCCGGUGAAGGUUGUGUUGGCUUCGACGAUUAUGAAGUAGUCGACAUGGUCGUUCAGUUCGUUUAGGCGGAUUUCGAGCCAGUCAAGUUCGGUAUUGAGGAGAAAGAUGUCAUAAACUUUUCGAGCCGGAGGCCGGGUGUUCUGAUCGCCCUUGCGGCUCUGUUGUCCCCUCUUAUAGACUGGCCAGUUGUAGAGGCCGCAGAGCUCGCCGGCUUUCUGCGCUGUUAACCCACUUUGGCCGUUACUGUUCGGCUUUUGGCGAGCGCGGUCGGCUUCCAUGUCCUGGAGGGCUUCGCCGACAUAUUGUUGGGUAGAAGUGGUUAUCCAUGAGUACAAACCGCCGAUGCAUAAUAAAAAUAUCGAGACAUAGAGAAUAAGGGAUUUGAUCCCCAGACGUGGGCCAAGGAUCAUUCUUGGGAUGCGACGAGGCUGAGUAUGUCGGGUUCAUCAAGAACGAAGGGGUGAAAGUUUAAGUAUUAAGUUUAUUUUAGAGCACAGCAACCAUGGGGCCGUGGCAGCCGUGACAUGAAGAAUAACAUAAACAGGUGUAUGCACAGGGGCGCGGAAAAAAAAUGAUUUGUAACGAGGUGAAAACUCUUGCUACCAGAGCACAGCAAGCUGAGCUGGAGGCAGCAUAGAGUCAGGGGCCGGCGGCUCUGCCACCGAGGAUGAACGAGGUGGCAUUGGAAGGUUUCCUUGCCGGGUAACUAGUUAGCUGGUCCGUUAUUUUCACUUUUUCUGUUUGACCAUGCUGGAUCAGGCAAUGGUGGCAGAAAAUCGGCCUGAUGGCGUUCCAUGUCUCGCUUGACAUUGACCCAGAGGAUUCGGCCGCUCCGCAAAAAAAGAAAAAAACAAUGAGAGAAAAGAAAAGGUAAAGAACAGAGCGACGCGAGCAGUAUCAAAGCACACCGGGUGCACCUUGCAAGACGUAAAGUUACGUGUCUAUAGCUCUUCUAGUGUCGCUGCUUGGAGCCAUCGCGGGAAACGCCCCAGUUCACAAAAAGCUCCCGAAGCCAGCACCAAUCCCGACCGACGGGGCCCGACGGCUGAGCCUCCACGCGGGUAAAUGAUCAUGAGAGAAAAUAAACGAAGAAAAGAAAAGAAUGCACUCCACAAUGCACCAUUGGAAUAUAAUGAUUUAAAACUCCUGUUAAAUGGAAGUCGGAAAUAAAGCACUUAUUAUAUUAGAAACGGUACAUGUAUGUACUGUACAAUGCGCUGGCCAUUUCUUGCAAUGGGAUCUCAGUCCUGAUUGUUGAAAUAUUUUGGGCUUUUUUCAAUGUCUCCCUACGACGGUGGUAACGGGUCCAGUUAACAUGUCGAUCUCCAGGCCAGAAUGACCAGAAGAGUGCGAACAGAACAUACCCGAGGCCAAUUCCAUUAACAAUUGGACCAACGACUGGACCCAAACUCCAGCGCGCGUGGGGUAACAGCUCUGGGCGUGUAAGGCGAAGAUAGAGCACACAGCUAAUCGAGACGACGUAUGUGGCCAUGAGAGCAGCAACAUUGAGAGAUAUAAUGGCAUGGAAUGCGGCGCUUGAUCCCAGGUUGAUGAGCGAGAGAAGUACACUGAUAAGACAGGAAACAAAUAUCGCGUUGGCCGGGAUAUGUUUCUUUGGGUGGACAGCGGAAAGCCAUUUGGCAAAAGGGAGGCCUUUGUCUCGAGCGAAAGAGAACGUUUGCCGGGAUGCAGAGGCAUUAAAGGAAACGUUGCUUGCAAUAACUAAUACAAGAAUGACAAUGGUGAGUGCGUUAACUCCCUUGGUGGACACAGCGUUGCGGAAUACGUAGAUGAAGGGAAAUGUUGAGGGGUCGUUAAGAGCGUCCUCCACGGAUGGAAUGGAGAAGAUAUAGGUGACGAUAAAUAUGAUGGCUAGGAUUCCAUUUGCCAUAUACCCCCAAGCAAUCGCAUUGGGUACGUUUCUUCCAGCAUCCUUGACUUCUUCUGCCAUGUGUGCAGUUGCAUCAACACCUUUGUGGUACAACCAAGUUUUAGCCAAAUUCUUCGUUGAGCGGGUUAGUUGAGGAAAAACAUACUCAAGCCUCCAUAUAUGGCAGAGAGCUGCCCGACCAUAACGCUGACUCCAACACUUGGCCAAUCUCCACCGUUUCGGAACUCUGUAAACACUGCUCGAGCGGAUUGAUGGGGAGCCAUGACCCAUAAAACAACCACGACGGCAAGAAAACCGAAGAUAUGGACAACAAGGAGCAAAUUCUGGAUCAUGGGCAGGCCUUGAGCCACCCAUAUGUUGAAAACGUAAAUUAGAGCCACCAUCGCAAAGACAAGUAGGGUGCCCCGCCAAGGGGUAGCUUCAUAAUCCGGUUUGUUGACAGUUAGAAGGCCUUGAAUAAUAUUUCCCGUGAGGAACGAUCCAGAUGCUGCGCCAGCUUGCCAAGCUAGGACUGAUAACCAUCCUGAAUUAAAGACAUUAGUAUCAACUGCAUCGAUAUAUCGACAUCAAUAGUUCAUCGGGCUUUCUCACUAACCCGUGAUGUAACUCAAGAACUUCUGAUGUUUCUCUGAUGCAAAUUCAGAGACCCAAUGGUAUUGACCUCCAGAGAUUGGUGCCCUAUCAAUUCGAGAAGAAUGGAUAUUAGCAUGUCCUUCUCAUUAUUAGACAAAACAGCGUAACCUCGCCUGGGGCACUUGAAAAUUUACAUAGAGGCCAUUUCUGCAAGAGAGAAAAUCACGAAACCAAAACCAAUGAAGGUCCAGAGAUACGACCAGAAUAGCCCAGCGAGGCCGCCAUUGAUAAGUCCUUCAGUGUUAGAUCUUGCAAAGUUUCAAGUGAGAUUAGCCCGAAUCCUUAAGUAGCUUGCAGGAUGAGGGCAAAGCUUAGGGCAGAAAGCGGCCGGUAGUUUCUCUACCUCCCACAAGUCAGUAAACCAUAUCCGUAUCGAGGUGCCACUUUCUGCGGGGAAACAGACGAUUAAUUCCUGUCGUUUGCCCAUACGAUUCAUAUCCUUUCGGUCAUUUUUAGUAUGUCCCCGCCUCACUAUUUCAUCCCCCGCGCCAUCGUCGAGACUAUCUUCGAUGUCAUCCAUGUCAUACUGGUCCGGGGUUUCGUACAUAGAUUCCUGAGGGGAGGAGCCUUUUGCAGAGGCCUGUUGAGUCGCGCCAUCUGUGGUGGUGGCCAUUGUUGUUGAUAACUGAUCGAGCAAGGAAUAUGUCAGGUGUAUCCGAGACCACAUGGGCAGUCAGAGAAUGAACUGUACGGAACGUAUAUAUGGAUCGUGUAUAAAAAUCACACAUAUGAGAAAUUGCCUCUGGGGCCAGGUGGAAUAGAAGGGCUGAGGUGGGCAAGGUGAAGGGAACAGAAUGAAAAUCCAGAAUAGAAAAAAAAUGUGUGAUGCAAGUUGCCUGCACGACAAGCGACUGUUCCGAUCAUGAGAAAGGAUGAUCACUACAAUAUACACACCCCCGCAACAGAAAGAGAGAAAGAGAACACGAGAGACGCAAAACCAAGAAUAAAAGAAACCCAAAAAGAAAAUUAGAAUACGAAGAGGGAAAAAUAGGAAGAAUCUCUAAGCCUGCCUCGUUCUGGAAAGUCAACAACAAGGUGCUUGUCACCACUCUCUGUGCCGCCAGGUUUCGGAUGACCGUGAGAAGAUCACAGAGACCUUAACUCCUCGAAUUUUCGGAGCGGUGAGUUUGGGACAAAGGACUGCGGCCUUGGUGAUAGAUGGAGAAGGACUAUUUGGAUAUGCUGUAGGGGAAGUAUAUUAUCCCUACAGUCCCACCACAUACACAGCAGCAGUGAAACAAAAACUGACAUCGAAAUAUCUCAAGGUUCAGCCGUUGCUCUCGUCUUUGUUUCUUCCCUUAUAGACGCCCCGCAUGCCACAGACAGGUAUGUUUUUAGCAUAUUCAGAUGUACAACGGGUGCCAUAUGAACAGAACAAGUAUAUCAGGCGCAAUUAAGGAGGACAGAAAAACACAUCAGGAAGGAUUUAUCUUGCUUUCUGUAUCACCCGUGGCACCCGACUCGCAGAACGUUUGCCGGGCUCGCACAACGAGCUCGUCAUUCUUUUUUGGCCAUUAUGACGCAUCCCGCGGAGACCACGUCUAUAUCACAAGUGCUGUAAGUGAUAAGAAUUUGUUAUUCUGUAUUUAUAGUCGUUUUAGGAGUGAUAUAAACGUGGAUCAAGCUCGUAUGAAGCAAGCGCCCACAACCUGAACACACAAACAAUGGUUCAAGC